AUGUCCUUCAAACCCCUCCUCUGCAUUUUGUCAACUUCUUUGGCGACCUUUGCGUCAACUUUGACCCUUCCAGGCCCCGCCGCUCUUCCUUCUGACGCUUCCUCCCCGCUUAGCCCCGCCCUGGCCAGCUUCAGUAUCGAGACCGCUUUUUUCAUCGAAUAUAUUGGCAAUACCACAGACCCAAACACGCUGAGUCAACAUUUGCUGCAAAAUUUGAAAGACCGCACCGGUACACCAGCGGAGGUACGGAUUGGGGGGAUCACUGCCGACUCGACAUAUUGGGACCCUUCAUUGAACACCGCAAUCUUCAACUUCAUUGAUUCGUCAGGAACCCUCUUCAAUUCGACCAUCGGCCCAGAAUUCUGGGAAGCGGCGCGUUCACUGCUACCAAAGGACACUAAAGUCACGGUCAACCUUGACCUCCACAACUUCAACUACACUGGAGCCCUGGCCGUCGCCCAGUCUGCCAUCUCGGGUCUUGAUGCCGGACAACUGAUCGCUUUCGAGAUCGGUAACGAACCCGAUCAUUAUUCGCCCUCCCUUUCAGCAGCCAAGUAUGAUGCGACAUGGGUUCCGUGGUCAAAAAACAUCACAGAAGCGUUGGGCUUUUCUGAGCCCAUGUUCCAAAUAGCCGCCACAGCUGAAGACCCUUUGUGGCCUUACACUGCCUCUGGCGCAAGUUCACAGCUUGAUUGUGUUAGCGCCCUUGCUGCUGGUGCUAGCUCCGCCGGAACGGUCAAGUCGUGCAGCGAGCACACCUACCAAUAUUCGGUUUGCGAUCCUACGCGGACUGCAGUUGCUACAUUGCCUAAUCUUGUAAGUCCUCACAGUCGGUUUCUUCGUUCGACCAAGUUCAUCAAGGUCAACCACACCCGCCUAGCCAUGUACUUGGAUCUUUGGCAGCCCCGAAUCCAAUCGGUUCGCGCACAACUUGGACCGGACUCAUUUGUGAUUGGAGAGUACAAUUCGGUCAGUUGCUCUGGUAAAGCAGGCGUAUCAGAUACUUUUGGGCAAGCACUCUGGCUCCUCGAUACAACACUCUAUGCAGCGUCAAUUAACGUAUCGCGGCUAUACAUUCACCAAGGUGGACCCCUCGCACUGCAGUCCUCUACACAACUCAAUCACGGGGGGCUGUCUCGAUAUGAUCUAUGGUCCAACACCGAGUACCCUAUGGAUGCACUCAAUGGAGAAAAACAAGUCUUCCCGUCAUACUCGGCAUAUCUUUUCAUCACAGAGGCCAUCGGACAUUCCAACUCACUUCGGAUCGCGAAUCUGUGGCCAGGAAGACAGACCAAUGGCUCGUCAAUAACCACUGCAGGAGGAGACUUCACCGCAGGCCAAAAUGUCGUCUACGGCUUUUGGGAAGACGAUGCGCAAGACUUCCCCACCAAGAUCGCUCUAUUGAACCUGCAAAUAUUCAACCAGACCGAGCUGGGGCCACGCCCGAGUACGACUUUUGAUCUCAGCGCGUUUCUACGUCCGAAACAGAAAUAUGUGCGUGUGAGGCGACUGCAGGCCGCAGGGGCGGAUGUCACAUUCGGGAAUGCUACAUUCUGGUCUGGGCAGACGUUUGCCGUCGACAGCGAUGGUCUUGCUCAAGGUCAACUGUAUGAAGACGUUGUAAAAGGGGGAGAAAUUCAAGUGGAGGCAUCCAGUGCAGCUUUAGUAUUCUUGUGA